AUGGCUCUGCUGCGGACGUUCACCAUGAUGUUGGGGGAAUUGGAUUUCCUGGGGACUUUCGUUCAGCCUUACUGGGGGGCUGGAGCUUGCGGGAUCCAACUUCCUUUUCGGGCCCCCACUUUCUUCUUCCUUGUCGUCUUCAUUCUCUUCAUGCCCAUUCUCUUGAUGAAUCUCCUCAUCGGUCUCGCUGUGGGAGACAUCGAAAGCGUGAGACGCAAUGCCCAGCUCAAGCGCAUCGCUAUGCAGGUGGAGUUGCAUUCGGAAUUGGAGAGGAAACUCCCUCGAUGCUUCAUAGCCAAGGUGGACAAGUCCCACGUCGUGGAGUACCCGAAUGCCAGGAAUGUGUGCACGACUGGGAUCCUAAGUUGGCUUCUUUGCGGUUUCCGGCCCAUGGAGAACAAAGACGGAGGGGAGCAAUGGAAUCCUCCGGAGCAAUUAGUACUGGAGGAGCUGGGGAAGCAGAAAUGGAGGCUGCGAAAAUUGGCAGGAGCCAUUGAAGACCAGACACAACUCAUUCGCCUCAUUGUCCAGAAGAUGGAGAUCCGAACGGAAGCUGAUGACUGCGAUGAGGGAAGACGCGACGAAGAGAAAAAGAAUCAAGACUCCGGCGAUUCACGCUGGAAAGAGCAGAGGAUGCGAAUGAAGCUUCGCUCUUCUUCCGUUUGUCGUUCCUUGAAUCUCUGA